GCUGAAAAAUAAGCCGAUUCUAGUUUCCGAUCCCCAUCAGAAGUCUUCUUUGCUGAGUUUGGACACCCGGCUCGGCUACGGGUAGCUCACUCGCUCAAAGUCGAGGCUUCUGCCGCGCAAGACAGCAGCGAAUCGUUUGAAACUCCUCAGCCGCGAAAUGCUCGUUCCGGCGGCAACCUCAUUCGCGGGAAUCGAAUCCAACAGUGGAGCUCCUCGAACUCGUAGCCGUCGGUGCGAUGGUUUGAAGAUGGUACUGGUGAUCCUAUGGAUUUACUCGCAUGUUUCGCAAGCGGCUCAGUCAGCUGAUGUUAUACAACCUGCGGACCCUCAUGGCUAUAUCGCAUUCUGUCCGUGCAUGGGACGCUUUGGCAACCAGGCUGAUCAGUACAUCGGUGCUUUGGCCUUCGCAAAAUCCAUCGAUCGAACCUUGAUCCUCCCGCCCUGGAUAGAGUAUCCAAGUGGAGGGACCGGCCCUCGUUUCGUUCCUUUCGACGAGUAUUUCAACGUUUCGGGAAUUCUCGACUAUCACCGAGCAAUCACGAUGGAGGCCUUCAUGCAAGACCUCGCACACAGAGUUUGGCCCCCGGAGAAGCGAUUUUCGUUCUGUUUCAGAUCACGAGUUGAUCACGUGGAUUGCGCGGCGAAGGAUGGGAAGCCGUUCGGGCCUUUUUGGGAUAAUUUCGGCAUAAACUUCGUCAAGUCCGAGAUAUUCGGACCUCUCCACUACGACACUCACAGCAAUAGGAGCCUCAUCCAUGAGUGGACGAAUGCCUAUCCGGUCGAUGAGUACCCGGUGUUGGCGUUCACCGGAGCGCCGGGCGCCUUCCCAGUUCAGAGACACAAUCUGCCGUUGCAGCGAUACUUUAUCUUCUCGGAUAGAACGAAAGAGCGCGCGAAAGACUUCGUCUUCUCCAUGAGAGAUCAGCAUGCCGGUCCUUUCGUGGGCAUUCAUCUGAGGAACGGAGCCGACUGGGCUAACGCGUGCAGACUCGUCAAAGAUGCCCCCUUGCUAUUUUCGGCGCCGCAGUGUUUCGGUUAUCGGGGUGAACAGGUGAAAGCAUCGGACGCCAUGCGGACACGGAUGUGUCUCCCCGAUCAACGAGACGUUCUCAACGAAGUCACCGCGGUGGUGCGCACUCACGCAGCCAACUGGGUUUUCGUCGCCAGCGACCACGAUCACCUUCUACCGGAACUCCAACAUCGACUCCGCGAACUCCACGUCGAGGUCGUACGCUAUCCUCGAAACGAACCACACAUCGAUCUUGCGAUCUUGUCGAUGUCGAAUCACUUCAUCGGGAAUUGUUUCUCGUCCUUCAGUGCCUUCGUUAAGAGACACCGUGACGUCCAUGGCCUCCAAUCGUCUUUCUGGCUUUUGGACGCCGCAAAAAAUGAUCGUUCGAGAGACGAGCUUUGAAUCAUCCGGAACAGGCUCCUCUUCAGUCUUCGACCUCGCCAGGUGUCUUUGGUAGUUCCUAAAUGGAGGAACGUCGCAUGUCCGCAUCGAGCUUCACGCUUCCAAUGUUCUGAGCUGAAGUCGCGAGCGGCCGACAGACAGGUGAAUGUGUGAUAGAAAUGUACAUACAUGUCGAACAAUUAGGAUCUCAGCUCUGAUGUGACUGCUUGUACUGGAGUGCUGGUC